AUGGCGAGGGAAGCAUUCAUUCCCUUCCUCGUCACCAUGAUGUUGGUGACGGGGGUCUGUAAUACGAUAUUGAACAAGUACCAGGACAUGCAAUGUGUGAGAAACUGCGACUCGCCCAACCCGGCCGAUCGUAAGCUAUUCGAGCAGCCUGUUAUCCAGACGGCACAAAUGUUCGUCGGCGAACUAGGCUGUUUCCUCGUUGUUCUGCUAUCCUACCUCUAUACGCGAUUCGUGGCUUCACGAAAAUCGACCGCGCCUCUUUUCGCUGGCGGCUAUCGCCCCAUCCGUGACGACGACCAUCUUCCCGAGUACAAUGAUGGUGAAGAAGACGGAGAAGAUGAGGGUGCGGCCGGAGCAAACCAGAACAACCACACCUCCGAUGUCACAAUCACAAAGCCUCUUGACGAGAUCCGUCGCAAACUCAACGGGUGGAGGAUCCUCAUGCUUGCUGCUCCAGCAUGCUGCGAUAUCUUGGGCACCACGAUGAUGAAUGCUGGACUACUGUUUGUGGCAGCUAGCAUUUAUCAAAUGACUCGAGGCGCACUUGUAUUAUUCGUCGGGCUCUUUAGUGUUUUGUUCUUGCGUCGCAAGUUGUAUUUGUACCAGUGGCUUGCUUUGGUUAUUGUUGUGCUUGGUGUGGGAAUUGUCGGAUUAUCCGGAGCUCUUUUCGGACAUGGUCAGGGCCACGAUCCUGAGAGCGGCAUCAGUGAUACCAUGCACCGAUUCGCAAGAGAUGUGGAUACUACCGCUCACACUCCCGAAGCUGUCAAAGUCAUUAUUGGUGUUCUGCUUAUUGCCGCUGCGCAGAUCUUCACAGCUACACAGUUUGUGCUCGAGGAAUGGAUCCUCGAGAACUAUGCCAUGGAUCCCUUGAACGUUGUUGGAUGGGAGGGCUUCUUUGGACUUUCCGUCACGGUGAUCGGUAUGAUCAUCUUACAUUUGACGAUUGGAUCGACCGAAGCUGGUCGCUAUGGAUAUUUUGAUUUGAAGGAGGGCUGGAGACAGGUUACUCGCAACCGGGCCAUUGCCGUAUCCAGUCUCCUGAUCAUGAUAAGCAUAGGUGGCUUCAAUUUCUUCGGACUCUCCGUCACAAGAACCGUUUCAGCAACCUCUCGCAGCACCAUCGACACAUCUCGAACACUAUUCAUCUGGCUUGUUUCGUUAAGUCUAGGCUGGGAGUCAUUCAAGUGGCUCCAGGUUCUGGGUUUUGCGCUCCUCGUUUAUGGCACGUUUUUGUUCAAUGAUAUCAUUCGACCCCCUCUCAAGGCCUGUUUGCCUUCGCCAAGUGAGGAGGCUCAUGAGGAACUGCUUCCUGAGGAGCCAAUUGAGCAUAUGUGA